AAAAGCACAGUCUUCUCUGACAUGACAAACCACUGCAAAUCCCUGCAAGACAGGUCACAGACAUGAUGCGGCCUCACACGGACCUCCCCAGCAUGUCCUGGAUGCUGUUCUCCUGCCUGAUGUUGCUGUCUCAGGUCCAAGGUGAAGACUCGCCAAAGGAAGUGCCCACUCCACGGAUCAGGUGUCCCAAAGGCUCCAAGGCCUAUGCCUCCCACUGCUAUGCCUUGUUUAUGACACCAAAAUCCUGGAUGAAUGCAGAUAUGGCCUGCCAGAAGAGACCCUCGGGACACCUUGUGUCUGUGCUCAGUGGGGCUGAGGCAUCCUUUGUGGCCUCCCUAGUACAGAACAGUGCGAACACUUACUCAAACAUCUGGAUGGGGCUCCAUGAUCCCACAGAGGGCUAUGAGCCCAAUGCAGGUGGAUGGGAGUGGAGUAGCACGGAUGUGCUGAAUUACCUUGCCUGGGAGAGACACCCCUCCACUAACCCAAACCCCGGCUACUGUGGGAGUCUGUCAGCAAGCACAGGAUAUCUGAAAUGGAGAGAUUAUAACUGCGGUGCGAUGCUACCUUAUAUCUGCAAGUUCAAGGACUAGGUCUGGUGGGACGUCAGGAGCCUGAGUUUUGUGUGCAGCUCAUCAUGGACAUAUGACCAAGUGUGAAAACCUACCCUGGAAAGGAAUAGUCUCCCCCCUACCAUCUAACCUGACCCUUCCUUCUGAUCAUUUCUCCUCCCUAUUCAUUUAACUUUAUGUUCUUUUUGUGUAUUACAUGGCCUGAGAUUGCAGAGAGCAAUAAUAAAUACUUCAUUCCA